AUGUCAUCUGUAAUAUGGAGUUUAUGGAAACACCGCAAUCUCAGAGUAUGGGAUGAUGUAACACAAACAAGUGCCACGGUUGUUGAGCGUGCUCGGAACAUGGUUGAAGAUUGGCAAUUGGCUAAUGCUCCGGAUAUUCUUGUGUCUAGCUCGACACAUCAACCUCCAACGGCCUCCACCUCUCCUCAACAUCGAAUCAUGUGGCAGCCUCUCGUACUAGGAAGAUACAAAUGCAAUAUCGACGCGGCUUUCUCUUCUCACAUCAAUCGUACAGGUAUUGGUAUUUGUGUUCAGGAUGCAGAAGGUACGUUUGUUUUGGCUAAAGCUUUUAUAUACCCUUGUACGGUUUCGGUGAAUGUGGGUGAAGCCUUAGGGCUGCACUCCGCUAUGCAAUGGUUGAGUGAUAUGUAG